AUGUCAGUCACUUAUGGCAAUAGACAAGUCUACAAUGGACAUGAGUUCUAUCCGUCUGCAGUCGACACCAGACCAAGGGUUGAGAUUCAAGGAGGUGAUAUGAGAACUUUUUAUACACUGGUGAUGACUGAUCCUGAUGUCCCUGGACCUAGUGAUCCAUAUCUCAAGGAGCACCUCCAUUGGUUAGUUACAGACAUUCCAGGCACGACAGAUGCCACAUUUGGAAGAGAGUUGGAGAUCUAUGAAACCCCAAGGCCUAACAUAGGUAUCCAUAGGUUUGUGUUUGCUCUCUUCAAGCAAAAAGGCAGACAAACAGUUGUAUUAGGUGGACGAAGUUCCCUACAUUUCAGCACUCGAACUUUUGCUGCAGAAAAUGACCUCGACCUACCCGUUGCUGCCCUCUUCUUCAAUGCACAGCGAGAAACCGCUGCAAGAAGACGAUAA